GAUUCUGCGCGAAGUUAUAUCCGUGUAACUCUUAGCUUCUGGUUAGCAUACAAGCUAAAACAUCUCUGUUUGGCUUUUUAUUCAUUGCUGCUGUGCUAUAGGCUGAUUUACAGAAGAACCAAAGACUUCUGGGUCCGACAUAAUGGACAGUGAAAUGUCUGACGCGGACCCCCUACCAGGUCCUGAGGCCAGUGGUAUGGAGGGGGAGAAUGCCCCACUGUACUGUAUUUGUCGGAAACCAGAUAUCAACUGCUUCAUGAUCGGCUGUGACAAUUGCAAUGAGUGGUUCCACGGUCACUGCAUCAACAUCACUGAGAAGAUGGCAAAGGCAAUCCGGGAGUGGUACUGCAUGAGAUGCAGAGAUGAAAACGCCUUCCUGGAAAUCAAGUAUCGAUCCAAGAAGAACCGUGAUCGAGACGUCGACUCGGACAAAAAUGAGAGACAGUACAGCACACCGAGUACCCCGGACUACAGGAGUGAGAGGCGGCGGGGAUCCAAAGUGAAGCGGUCGGUCCGUAUGUGUGGAGAGUGUGAGCCCUGCCGGAGGACUGAGGACUGUGCGCAGUGUGACUUCUGCAAAGACAUGAAGAAGUUUGGAGGCCCCAACAAAAUCAGACAGAAGUGUCGGUUCAGGCAAUGUGAAGUUCGAGCAAGAAAAAUGCUGCGUGUGAAAGAGGAGGAGAUGUCUUUGAGAGAAAGGAGGGAGAAUUCCCAUUACAGGCGGAGACGAUACUCCGAGGACUACGACAGUGAGGCCGAGCUCUACCAGCAGUACAGGGCGGCAGGACUGGACGACGGCUUGGCGUGGGCCAGUGACGACGACGACGAGUUGCCCUUCAGUCCCGUCAUGCGUAAGAAAGCUAUCAAGGUGAAGCACGUCAAGCGUCGGGAAAAGAAGUUUGACAAGAAAAAAGAGUCACGUCGCCACAAACAGAAGCAGAAGCAUAAAGACCGAAGCCGACACAGUGAGAGAGGAGAGCUUCGAGACAACACGGGGCUGCGUCAGUGCCUCGGGCCCAACUGUGUGAAAGCAGCAAGGCCCAGCUCCAAGUACUGCUCCGAGGACUGUGGCAUGAAGUUAGCUGCCAACCGUAUCUAUGAGAUCCUGCCUCAGCGCAUCCAGCAGUGGCAGCAGAGUCCCUGCAUCGCCGAGGAGCACGGCAAGAAGCAGCUGGAGCGCAUCCGCCGGGAGCAGCACAACGCCCGCAUGCGCCUCACCGAGAUGGAGCGGCGCUUCCACGAGCUGGAGGGCAUCAUCGCCAAGGCCAAGCAGCAGGCGGUGCAGCAGGACGAGGAGGUGAACGAAGGCGACAGCGAAGACACUGACCUGCAGAUUUUCUGCGUGUCCUGCAGUCACCCCGUCAACCCCAAAGUGGCUCUGAGACACAUGGAGAGAUGUUACGCCAAGUAUGAGAGUCAGACCUCCUUCGGGUCCAUGUACCCCACAAGGAUAGAAGGGGCAACUCGACUCUUCUGUGAUGUUUACAACCCUCAAAGCAAGACGUACUGCAAGAGGCUUCAGGUUUUGUGUCCAGAACACUCCAGAGAUCCUAAGAUCCCGGUGGACGAGGUGUGCGGCUGCCCUCUGGUGAAGAACGUGUUUGAGCUGACCGGAGAGUACUGCAAGGUCUCCAAGAGGAAGUGCAACAAACAUUACAACUGGGAGAAGCUGAGGCGAGCCGAGGUGGACUUGGAGCGAGUCAGGGUGUGGUACAAGUUGGACGAGCUCUUCGAGCAGGAGCGUAACGUCCGGACUGCGAUGACCAACAGGGCCGGCCUGCUCGCUCUGAUGCUCCACCAAACCAUUCAGCACGACCCCUUGACCACCGAUCUCCGUACCAACAAGGAUAGAUAGUCCUCGAAAGCUGUAGAUGAGGCUUUUACAAUUAUAGUACACACUGUGUUUCCAAGCAGAAAAUUAUUUUAAAAAAGUGUGACGAUGAUAAAAUAUAUAUGUAUAUAUAUUUUCUGGAAAGUGUUGAUUGGCGGCUACUGAUUAGAAACUGUUUUUGGUAUGGUCACUUAGAAUAAACAGUUGACAAUGUUAUUGGCUUUCUGUGUUUUUAAGGUUGCACUUGUAUUAUUUUAGAAUGCAGAGUAAUGAGUGUUACUUUUCAUUUGUCCAUCAAAUAUUGCUUCCACGUUUCUCUUCAGGGCACAUGAUUCUGGUGGGUGAAUUUUAACCCAUGGGACAUAAGUUUCAUACUGUAGGUCAAAAGUAAGUUUUCUAGACAAAUUUCUAUAUUUUUUGUCUGUUUUUUUUAAUUGAUGCUUGACAUUUUUGCAUUGUCUGGUUAUAGAUAUGACUGGAAGUGUCGACUGUGUGAGCCUCCUCCAACACUUUGUGUAUAGAUGAAUAAACUA